AUGGACAGUUGCUCUGCUAUGCCACGUUUUGGGAAUGCAACUGGUCCUCCAUUGCCAUCCCACUACUUGGAUAACCUGACUGCGUUAACCGUUGCCCGCCCCUUACCCGUCAACGCUUUGUUCAACGUCCGCCUGGAUACAGCUGAGAAUGGAGGCUGUGCUGCAUGGGGUGAGGAUGUGCUAAAUAUAUUCAUUCAGACUGCCUGGGAUCUCUCAAUUGCGGGCCUUUCUGCUGCUGGGAUCCUCAGGCAGCCGCAAACUUCCCCCCCAAGAAUCGUUGCCCAGGCAGCAAGGCUACUUGGUACUUAUUUUCAGGGUGUGGGUAUAGACACGCCUGAUGAGUUGGCCAUAAUAGAAGGUGAGACUAUCUCAUUUGUUGCCUCUUUAGCAUUCGUCCAGUCAGGGCUUCCCGUACGCCUGGCUUCGGAACCCCCAGCAACUAAAAGACCGAUUCUAUCAACUCUAGGGUAUUACCAGCAGGUUAAAAACUUCCUGGAACAUGGAGUUAGCGAUGAGUUCCCAAUCAACGACGGGCAAUCUACCCGAAAGCCCUGGCUCUUCUGCGGAGACCCGUUUGUCCGACAACAUAUGCAUGAUGUCUUGCUUGACAACCAGGGGAACGUCGUGAUGGAUGAACGGGGAAAUCUACUCUUGAUUAACGACGACCGUACAAUGCGGACUGAGUACAAGCGGCUGCAGAGAACAUAUCGUGUCACUAUGUAUCCGCACUGGAGCCAUGAUAUGAAGCAAUAUAUUUGGAGCCGGUCGUACGGUGCCAGCCCACUGUCGGGGUACUGUUAUGCUAACCCAGCCGGAGGUAUUACCUGGUUGGGUUUGGGACACACUGUAGCAAUGCAGCUGUGCUAUGACGUAGACAGGGUCCAAAACCAACCUCUGGGUGCCAUUCCUCCAAGACCUGUUCUUGCCGAUACUCUUGGGGGCCGAAAUAUUCCAGACGGCGCACAGUUCAUCGCCGACAUCGUCCCAGCCGGAUACAGAUUCACCCAUGAGCUCUUUCACCUCGUCUGGGGCAACGCAAAUUCCGUGCCACGCCAAGGUGAGGUGUACGAUGUUUUAGAGAUGCUAGGCUUUCGGCCCAUCAAUGUCAGAAAAGCGGAUGGGACAGUCGUACAGGAGAGGAUUAGCCGGGACACUACCCUGAUAAAUCCCCCCACAUAUACUGCCGUCGCUCUCUCAUGGUGGUACACAAUGAAUAAGCGCACGGAAUAUGGCCAUGAUGUGGAGUUCUACUCUGGGAUGUGUACCUAUGGUGAGGACUGAUGCGGUGGAGGAGAGUCGCUGCUGGGGGCCGGAUGAGGUCAUGCCUGGAUUGUUUUCUACGGAUGAAGAGCGCGAUACAUGCAAUCAGUCUCAUCUCCGUCAUUUGAGUCGAGUUAACACUAGGGUUUCAAUCAUAAUUGCCAACCUGUAUAAGC